AAAACAUUAAUUUUGAUGGAUCGGGAAUUCUAUGUUGAUCACGAAUUUGAAUUCGAUGUGGUAAAUAGCAAUUCUUCACGAUUUCUACAUUGGUGCAUUGGACAAGACGACCUAUUUAUGCAUUUUAAUAGUCGCAGAGUGGUGGAGGAGUGCGAGAUAAAUGGCAAACGCAUUCCCGCUGGCACAAACAUCGGCAUCUCACCCCUUUACCUGGGUCGCCGCGUGGAGCUCUUCAGUGAGCCCAACAGCUUCAAGCCGGAGCGCUUCGAUGUAGUCACAAGCGCCGAGAAGCUCAACCCCUAUGCCUACAUACCCUUCUCUGCGGGGCCGCGCAACUGCAUUGGUCAAAAGUUUGCCAUGCUCGAGAUUAAGGCCAUUGUGGCCAACGUUCUGCGUCACUACCACAUCGACUUUGUCGGUGACACAACGGAGCCGCCCGUGCUCAUUGCUGAACUGAUAUUGCGCACCAAGGACCCGCUACUGUUCAAGCUGCAGGAUCGCGUCUACUAACCACAAGCACAUUCUCGCGUUAAAGCGGUUUCUGUAUCUGUAAAUAAUACUGAAACCCCUUAAAACGUACAGCUGUGCUCGGCUUUCAUCUGGG